AUGCCCCGAAAAACGUUGAUCCUCGCCGGCGCCCCCCUCUCAUCCGCCCUGACCUGGGAUCCCUCUGGCCUCCUGAACGACUUCUCACCCCCCUUCACGGCGUUCCUCAGCGAUGACAACCUACCAGAUAUCCCACCAUCCAGCAACCCAUCAUGGCGCGCCCUGCCCCUGACGCGUCGACGUCUUGAGACGGGCCUCUCGCAGGUCCACGCCUACCUCAACGCCCCCGCCUUCCAGCCAGACGCCAACUUCUUCACAACGUCCCUCACCUCAUCAGCCUCCAGCUCCGACUCUCACGACCUCACGACCCAGUUCUACGACCACUCCCUGGCGCACCACACCGCCCUCCCCUCUUCCCCCGUCCCCGGCCCCGUCCCCGGCUCCGCCGAAGAAACAACAUCCUUCCUCACAACCUCGACCUCCUUCGCCUCCAACCCGCCCGGUGAGCCUCCACUGCGCGUCGCACCUGCACAGCAGCAGCAGCAGCACCACCACCACCACCACCACCAGCAGGAGCAACCCCUUCACCUCUCCGACCUCGAAGACGUGCCUCCGGCCCACUCCCUCCUAGCCCUGCACCCGCAAACGGUGACCCUGAACCUCAUAGCCGGCGUCAUCGCCCCGUCGGCCCCGCGCCCCGUGCGCACCCGCUAUGGCGCGACGCUGCACGUCCUCGAGCUGCUGCUCGGCGACGACACGCGCGCCGGCUUCGCCGUGACGUUCUGGCUGUCGGCGGCGGACCUCGCGGCGGCGGUGCCGUCGCUGGUGCUGCGCCUGCGGAGGCGGGACGUCGUCAUGCUGCGCGACGUGGCGCUGCACGUCUUCCGGGGCAGGGUGUACGGGCAGAGCUUGCGCAGGGGGCGGACCAAGGUCUCGCUGCUGCAUCGGGGCGGGGCGCGUGGGGAGGGGGCGGGGUGCUAUUCGGGCGCGGACCUGCGCAGGGGCGGACAUCCGCAAGUUGACAAGACGAGGAGGGUCAGGGACUGGGUGCUGCGGUUCGUGGGCGGUGAUGACGAGGAGGGGGAGAGGGGCGCGGGCGGGGGAAAGGCCAGGAGAAGAGGGUGGGACAGACCGCCGGAUGAUACACAAUAG